CCAGGCGCCGCGGUCCGUCCGUCUGUCCGUCCGUCAGUUAGUGGGUCCGCGCUCGGUAGCCGCCGGCGCGCCGGGAGCCGGGGGAAUUUAUAAGUAGUUGACCUUACUCAAAAUGUGCAAAGAAGAAUAAUGGAAGCCCCUGAAUACCUUGAUUUGGAUGAAAUUGACUUCAGUGAUGACAUAUCUUAUUCAGUCACAUCACUCAAGACCAUCCCCGAACUCUGCCGAAGAUGUGACUCUCAAAACGAAGACAGAUCAGUUUCUAGCUCUAGCUGGAAUUGCAGCGUCUCAACUCUUAUUACAAACACGCAGAAGCCCACAGGAAUCGCUGAUGUGUACAGUAAGUUCCGCCCAGUGAAGCGAGUUUCCCCCCUGAAACAUCAGCCAGAGACUCUAGACAACAAUGAAAGCGAUGACCAAAAGAACCAGAAGGCAGAGUACCAGAAAGGAGGUGAUUCUGCCCCAUGCCCCCAGCCUGAGGAGUUCAGCCCUGGAGACAGAGAGGGCGGCCCCCAAAGUAAGGUCACAGAGUCCAGCACGUUACUGGGCGAACUGGAGCAUUAUGACCUCGACAUGGAUGAGAUUCUGGAUGUGCCUUACAUUAAAUCCAGUCAACAGCUUGCCUCUUUUACCAAGGUGACUUCAGAAAAAAGAAUUUUGGGUUUAUGCACAACCAUCAAUGGCCUUUCUGGCAAAGCCUGCUCUACAGGAAGUGCUGAGAACUCGCCAUCCAGCAUGAUGCCAUUUUGUGUUCUUUCUCCUGUGAAAAGCCCUCACUUGAGAAAAGCAUCAUCUGUCCUCCGGGACCAGCAAAAGCUCUCCACCGAAGAUUCGGAGAGCUCGCCUCCCCUGGUUAAAUGUGGGUCUACAUACGAGCCUGAAAGCCAGAGUAAGGACUUCCUCAACAAGACCUUUAAUGACCCUCAUAGUCGAAAAGUUGAGAAGCCGAUGCCUGACUGCCAGCUUAGGGCCUUGCAUCUCCCGUCCUCAGCAACAGAGCCCAAACUAGAUGAGCAGAUCGGUGGCAUGAACUGGACCAGCUCCCAAGGCCCAGAAGAAAGGAGCGAGUAUCUGAAAAAAGUGAAAAGCAUCUUGAACAUCGUUAAAGAAGGACAAAUAUCUCUGCUGCCACACCUAGCUGCCGACAAUCUAGACAAAAUUCAUGACGAAAGCGGAAACAAUCUCUUACACAUUGCCGCGUCGCAGGGCCACGCAGAAUGCCUGCAGCACCUCACUUCUUUGAUGGGAGAAGAUUGCCUCAGUGAGCGAAAUGCCGAGAAGUUGACUCCGGCGGGCCUGGCCAUCAAGAAUGGUCAGUUGGAGUGUGUACGCUGGAUGGUGAGUGAAACAGAAGCCAUUGCAGAAUUGAGUUGUUCUAAGGAUUUUCCAAGCCUUAUUCAUUACGCAGGUUGCUUUGGCCAGGAAAAGAUUCUUCUGUGGCUUCUUCAGUUUAUGCAAGAACAGGGCAUCUCAUUGGAUGAAGUGGACCAGGAUGGGAACAGCGCCGUGCACGUAGCCUCACAGCAUGGCUACCUUGGGUGCAUACAGACCCUGGUUGAAUAUGGAGCAAAUGUCACCAUGCAGAACCAUGCGGGGGACAAGCCCUCCCAGAGCGCCGAGCGCCAUGGGCACACCCUGUGCUCCCGGUACCUGGUGGUGGUGGAAACCUGCAUGUCGCUGGCCUCUCAGGUGGUGAAGUUAACCAAGCAGCUAAAGGAUUCACCAUCCUCCCCAGCUUCCAGGAAGUCCCAGUGGAAAUCCCCAGAUACAGAUGAUGAGUCUGUAGCCAAAAGCAAACCAGGAGCCCAAGAGGGGAUGCAGGUUCUUGGAAGCCUGUCAGCAUCCAGCCGGGCUAGGGCAAAAGCAAAAGAUGAAGAUUCUGAUAAAAUCCUGCGUCAGUUAUUGGGAAAAGAUAUCUCAGAGAAUGUCUGCACCCAGGAAAAGCUGUCCUUGGAAUUCCAGGAUGCUCAGACUUCCUCUAGAAAUUCCAAAAAGAUCCCCCUGGAGAAGAGGGAACUGAAGUUAGCCAGGCUGAGGCAACUGAUGCAGCGGUCCCUGAGUGAGUCCGAUACAGACUCCAACAACUCCGAGGACCCCAAGAGCACGCCCGUGAGAAAGGCCGACAGACCCAGACCGCAGCCCAUCGUGGAAAGUGUGGAGACCAUGGACAGUGCAGAAAGCUUACACUUGAUGAUAAAGAAACACACCUUGGCAUCAGGACGUAGGUUUCCUUUUAGUAUCAAGGCCUCCAAGUCUCUGGAUGGUCAUAGCCCAUCUCCCACCUCAGAGAGCAGUGAACCAGACUUGGAAUCUCAGUGUCCAGGCUCAGGGACUACUCCCCCAAACCAGUCCCCUGGAGACCCCUCUCAACCGAACCCUGACAGCACUGCUGCCCAGAAAGUGGCCACAAGCCCCAAGAGUGCCCUCAAGUCUCCCUCUUCCAAGCGCCGGACAUCUCAGAACUUGAAACUCAGAGUUACCUUUGAGGAGCCCGUGGUGCAGAUGGAGCAAUCAAACCUUGAACUAAAUGGAGAGAAGGACAGAGAUAAGGGCAGGACCCUCCAGCGGACAUCCACGAGUAGCGAAUCAGGGGAUCAACUCAAAAGGCCUUUCGGAACCUUCCGAUCCAUCAUGGAGACGCUAAGUGGCAACCAGAACAAUAAUAACAACUAUCAGGCAAUCACCCAGCUGAGGACCUCCACACUGCCCUUAACCUCACUCAGCAGGAAGACAACAGACACCAAGGGAAAUCCUGUGAGCUCUGCUAACAAAGGAAAGAACAAGGCGGCGAUGUCCAGCAGCUGCAUCAACCUUUCCUCUAACGCGCUGAUUGAAGAGCACCUGCGUAACUACGCACGGCAUAAUGACAUCAAUAGAAAAAUGAAGAAACCCUACAGCAUAAAGCACAUUGCUGAGCCAGAGUCAAAAGAACUCUUCUUGUAAAUCACUCUUUUAUUAUCUCUCAUCACUGCCCUUUGGACACCAUUGGAAAUGUCUGGACUAUCCUCUGUGGAAAUAGAACCAUGAGAACAAUGCCUCACCAGCAGAAGAACAGAAUGAAUACAGGAUGCCUUAAAUUUAUAGUAGUAGACUAUACAACACAUUUUGGGGUGACAUUUGUAUAUAUAACUUGUUUUUAAAGAGAUGCUGUUUAAAAGCAUGAUUGGGCAAAUGUAUGUUUUUUUAAGAUUGGAUUGAUUCAACCUACUCACAGGACACGCACCAAGCCACUGACUCCAUUUUGUAUUUCAUCAGUUGCAUGAGUGUUUGCUAAUGUUGAUUGAACUUCCCUAUCCCCAUAAUAUGGGCAAUUUGGGCUCAGCAUCUCAGUGAGACCAGGUCAGUGGUAUUUUCUGUCACAAGUGUUUUCCUGUCAUUUCUACUUUUUGUGUAAAGGAAAUAAAAUAAUGUUAACAGCCACCUAUAAGCUUGAGACACCUACUUUCUAAUAAAUCGGUGAUGUUCUGAUUUC